AUGUGUAUUCCAGAUUAUGGAGACGAUGAUGCCAUUGUUGAUUCGGGGCUAUGGUCUGACAUUAAGAUGAUGUUAUGGGAUUUUAUCCCAGACUAUACUCCUUUAAACUUUGUUCUUAUGCAUUUAUUCUUUUACUUGGUCUUUCUCUCGUUCAGAGCAAUUUCAUUCCCUGCCUCUAAGGAGCCUGAAAAUCCAGAAGAAAACAUUCAAAUUGCAUAUGAACACUUAUCGUAUAUUGAAAACUAUUUUGAUAACGAUGAAAAACAGUUUGAGCUCAUUGUUAAUACAAUCAAACUUUCUUUCCUCCUUCUUUUUAUAAACAUUAUUUUUCUCUUUAUCGUAUUAUUAGUUAGGUUAUUAUUCAUGAAAUUUUUGUUUGAGCCAUUUUCGAAAAUUUCAAGGGGAGCGGUUUUAUUGGCUUAUUCCGUGGAUCCAACAAUCUUUUACCUUUUAUGGUCCCUUCUAAAUUACACCGCUUUCCUUAGGUGUAUUAUCCAUAGUAAGUUUUACCUUGUAAAAAAAUGUUUAGAUAAUUCUGAAAUGGGAUAUGACACCUACAUUUUUCAGAUAUUUGGUUAUUAUCUACCCUCUAGUUUCUGGUUUGAUAGUAAAUGUUACAAGUGGACUAAAUCCAUAUACCAUUUGCAUAUUUUAUUCUCUGUCCGAAAACUGGUUCUAACUGCCCUUCUCUUUCUGUUUGAAUUACAGUUUUUGGCCAACUAUUCUACUGAUCUAACAACAUACUUAAAUGAAUUGUCUUGUUUGAGAAAGUUCACGUUUAAAUGGUUGAACUUUGUAUACUAUAAAAAAUCGCUAAGAAAUAAGGAGCUUGAUGAUUUAAUGCAGAAAUUUCUAAACAUCGACAUGAAUGUAAUAAAGAAGAGUUACAACACCGUGUGGAUGGAACAUCACAAGGACGACUUUAAAGUUUUUAGGCCAAUUUUGUCAAAGUGGCAGCAUCAUAAUGUGAAGAAUGAUUUGGUCAUUAACGAUUACAAUGGCACUGAUUUUCUUAAAGAGCUCUGGAUCAACUCAAUGUCAAUUAAACCCAGUGUUAACUGGAUAGUUUUAAACUACGUAAUCCAUAACCCCCCUGAGAUACUUCUUCUCCACCACUCCAUUCAGCUAAUCUGCAAAGAUACAAUCGAUUACUGUUCUAAACUUCUUUUCGACCAAAUCUACGAAACGCUUAACCUUUUACAUAGAGGCAAUGAUAAAGUUGUUGCCAUCGUUAAAAAUGUUGAGGAGGUGAGCCCUCAAGAAGUUUCUGAGGACUUUGAAGAAGACCAAAGGGAUGAAUUCUAUCAGUUCGAUCCUGGAGAUAAAAUACACAGACUAAGUCAAAUAGUUAAUGUUACACAUGUGGAUCAAUUACAUAUAACUCGUGAUUUUGAGCCAACUACCGCUAGAAAGUAUAGGGUUGAUUCUAGGAACAAGAUGCCUGAGCUGUUGAAGUAUAGGACGAACAUAAAUUCUCCAGAUCUUCCAGAGCAGGAUUACAUGAACGCUCUCACCAGUAACAAGGAGGAUUCUGUUACUAACGAAAAGGAAGAUGAAGAAGAUGAUAGGUAUAUUACAAGGCCUAUGUGUUCUGACCUAGAUCAGUUUAUUGUCGACGACUUUUUCAUUAGUUAUGACAUUUCAAACUGUGGUUCAAUUUCAUUUGAAAACUUUACCUCGACUUUAAUAAAUAUGUGCUCCAUUCGCAAAAAGCUUAUUACCACACUAAAAAACCAAAGGAGUAUUUUGGAGUUGGUUGGCAAUUUGAUAAGCAUAAUUUUGUGGUUUAUGUCACUUGUUGCGUUGUUGCUUUCAUUCAAAAUUAACAAGAAUAUUGUUGUUCCCUCUACUAUAGGUUUAUUCUCAGCAUCUGUGGUUGCUCUCAGUUAUAUGUACACUAGUUUUAUUACCGCGAUCAUGUUCGUCGUUAUUUCAAAUCCUUAUAACGUCGGAGACAGGGUCAGAAUCGCUGGGCAAUCCAUGUAUGUCAGGAGAAUUACGACAUACAACACCGAGUUCAGAUCUUCGUAUGGUCAACACAUAAUUUACCAGAACAUGCUCUUGAGUAAAAUGGCUAUAAUAAAUGAGUCGAGGGCUAAACAUGCCACUGUUGAGUUAUCAUUACAAAUGUCUUCGAGUACUACUCCUGCUUCGAUGAAAAUGCUUCGAGAUAACAUAAAAACUUUUGUGAAUGGGCGGCCAAGAGAUUUUGUCACAAACAGCAUCUUCUUUCACUGUGACAAGGUUCAAGUGUCUCACUUUAUUAAUCUUGUGAUUUGGGCAACAUGCGUGAAAACAUGGUCUUACACUAAGGAUGUGUACAGUCUGCGUACUGAGCUAAUGUUGUUUGUUGCGAGCCAGUGUAAACUUCUCGGUAUUGGAUACGAAAACCCCGUCAAUCCCGUCUACUUCAAAAACACACUUAGUCUUACUGGUAAGUUUACUUCCAACUAUAAAUAUUUUUACAUUCAUAACUCACCAACAUUAAGAGUUGAUUCCCUUACUAAUCAUUUUGCUGACUUUCAUGACAAGUCUAAAAGGGGAGGGAAAUUUAUCAAAUUUGAUAGACCUAGGGACGAUAAAGGAAAAGGCGAUGAUGACGAUAAACCUGGAAGCGUUGAAAAAACUACUAGUACUACUAACCCUUUUCUUUCAAUUCCAUUCAUGCCUGCUAAACCUUCUGCUUUUACUACACUUAUUAGGACCACUAAAUCUUUCGAUCAAACUUCCAAUGAUGAUCUUCCCAGGUCUUCUGAUUUGGGAAACUCUUCUAAUUUGAUUGAACCUUUAGAUUUAAAUUCUGACGAAGUCAAGAGACAUCCAAGCAAUUCUGAAAUGUUAGAUAAAACACUUGUGACACAGAGGUCUACUGGUCCUCUAUCAAUUGAGCCUACAUUCCCUUCUUUAUCUAGGGUAAGGGGUGGAUCAGGUCAUCCUAAAGCUCCUCCCGUCCCUCGUGGAAGUGUUCACUUUAAUAAGAAUGCCCACUUGUACAAUCCUCACGGUCACGUAGCUGCAAAGAAAGGAAACUUUGAAGACUAUGAGGACUUCUGGAUUAACACUUGGGGCAACGUUGCCAAGCCGAACCGUCAAAAAACUUUCUCCUACGACUCAAAUACUGAUAAAUUACUACUACAGUCUUCUGAGGACGCUAAUGCUCAAUCCAUUCCCAUGGAUAACUCUGAAGACUUUAGUGAUACAAAAGACAAUGUUCUUAAAUUUGAGUCUCCUUACUUAGAGCCUAAUCAAAAUCCAAGUAAACCUCGAAGGUCUAAAAGGUCAAGCACUGUUGAUCCAAAUCUCAAUCGCACAAAGAGUAGAAAAAGCAAAACUCGAAGUAGUAGUCAUGUCCCUAAAAGUAGGACCUCCGACGACUCAACUGACAAACCCAAACCUUCUUCAGAUAAUUCAACUGAUAAACCCAGACUUUCCUCAGAUGAAUCAAAUGAUAAACCCAGAAGAAGCAAGGGCAGAAGUAAAGAUAUGGACGAUCUUGGUGAUAAUCCAAGGCGCAAUAGAAGUAAAAAAGACAACACUAAAAGCUGA